GCGUGUUCAAGCGUGUUCAUACACGCGAACAAUCACUUGUAAAUUUAUUUUCCCAUUCUCGUAUUUCACAUUUGUUCUAUUUGCAAGAUCUCGCCACCGCUUUCUCCUUCGUUCAGUCAUUCCGACGGAAGGGCAUUACUUUUAGUGCGAUAUUCAAGUUGAGAAUAAGAGAAGAAGAGGGUGUGUAGAAAUUAAUUUGCGUGUGUAGAAAUCAGGAGUAGAGAAGAAGAGGGUGCGAGGCUCCUCCGCAACCACCCCGAACGGCGGCAGAGAUCCCAACUCUGACCCCCCGCCGAAGGUUGUAAUGGGCAAAAGAGAGGCUGCGGGAGACAUAUUUCCUUGGGAUGGGACUCUCACUUCAAGUGAUUUCUUUCUUGCUGCUCAUAUGUUUUCUGACAAUUGGAGAAAAUUCAAUACUUCAGUCCCUCCAUGGUUGUGGGUUAAAUGUCCAAAACGUUAUUUGGUUUCUUCUAAUGAGGGGGAAGGAUAUUUGUCACUGGAAAACAUGUGCCUUUUAAAAUCAAGUCAGGAAAAACAGGAUACUGUUAGUCUGACAUGGAAAGAAGAAAGCAAUGUCUUGGAGAAUGAAGAACCAUUUGAUAGUGCCACAUUAGGUGCAGAGAGUGAUUAUCUUGAAAUAAACCACUAUGAUUUUCAUAUAGUCUACAGUGCUUCAUACAGGGUUCCAGUGCUGUAUUUCCGUGCUUAUCAUAGUGAUGGACAACCUUUGCUGUUGAGUGAAAUUGAAAAGGGCCUUCCUGGCCACUCUGUGAAGUUGCUAUCUGAAUCAAAAUGGACGUUCAUAACUCAAGAGGUAAGUAACCAUAUGCCUCUUAUCUCUCUUUUUGCA